GAAAUCACUUGGGGAGUCACGCCUCACACUUUUCUCUGCUGUAUAAAACAAAGUGGACCAAGCGCUCUCCUCCUCCAAAACUCAGUUCUCACAACCCUCUCUAAAACCCACUUCCAUGGUUCCGCCCCCAAGAAUACGCAAAAGACCCAAUUAUUAAGGACUCUCUCUCUCUCUCUCUCUUUCUCUUUAAUACCACCUAAACCUAAAGCACUUGAAAACCCAUCAACUAAACUAAAAAUGCAUUUAUAUUUAUGAUCCAUCAAAUCAAGUACCUCUCCAGAGCAGAUCAAAACCAAAACCCGGUUACCAGCUGAUACAAAUUUAGCUCAAACAAAUCCAAAACCCAUCUUAAAAGAAAGAUAAACAUACAUUAUGUCUGCUGCCUAUGGGGUCACCCUUCCUCUCAUUCUGCUCUUGCUGCUUUUGGCUAAUGUCAUCAGUUACAGUGAAGCAAGUACAAGUGUAGCCCAAGCAAAUGGGUCUGCAACUACCAAUGAGAUGGUGCCGUUGAUGGAGCCAGAGAAGGUUGUGGAGACGAGAAUGAUGUUGAAUGAGAGCAGGAGGAGGUUGGGUAGCUUCCAGAUAUGUGCACUUUGUACUUGCUGCGGAGGUGCUAAGGGGCUUUGCUUGCCUUCUCCUUGUUGCUAUGCCAUCAAUUGCAACAUUCCCAACAGGCCCUUUGGUUUCUGUUCUUUCACUCCCAAGACCUGUAAUUGCUUUGGAUGCCAUAUCUAAAUCUUCAUAUUUUGCAUUAUUUUAUUUCUGGGGGUCAUCUCCUUGAUUCUGCUGAAGUGUGAAUGGGAAGAAGAAUAUCUGUUCUUCAUUUGUUUGUUUAUAAUUAUAUUAUUAUUUACAAGAAUACUAUUAGUGUUGACGGUUGCUAUUUCCAGAGGGAAUUGUGUAUAAAUUUUUAUGGAAGUAGCAGUGCCUUAAGAUAGUGGCAGAGCUAGGAUUAACAAUAUAUGAUGUUUGGGGAAACAUUGUUCUUUGUUUAUUAAGCUACUGUUGCGUGUGAUAAUUCAAUUAGUUGUUUGAAGAAUA